AUGCGUCCCUUCACCGUCAAGUCAGCACUGCUGUCCGUCGUUGGCCUGCUGGGUCAGGCGCUGGGACAGCAGUAUGAGGCUCACAACAGGACCCCCGCGUCGUGCCCGGACUACACCGAGUACUCGCAAGAGCCCCACAAGCCCUUGUCCGACGGGCCACUGGCACUGCCGUUCAUGAGGCCCAGCCCUGAGUGCCGGACCUUUAACAGCUCUGCCGUCGAGAAAGUCAUCCAGGACAUCAAGGGCCGUCUCAGGGACCCCGACCUGGCUCGUCUUUUCGAGAAUGCCUUCCCUUCCACUCUCGACACGACGGUCAAGUACUUUGACCCAAAGUCCAACUUGGCAUUCAUCGUCACGGGUGACAUCACCGCUCAGUGGCUCCGGGACACGGGCAACCAGUUUGCACACCUUUACAAGCUGCUCCCGCUCGAUAAGGACCUGCAGGCUCUUGUCAAGGCUAUCAUUAACACCGAAGCCCGGUACAUCUCAAAGUAUCCUUACUGCGGCGCGUUCCAGCCUCCGCCAGAGAGUGGACUGAAGCCCACAGUCAAUGACUAUGCGCUCAAAGUCAGAGUCAAUCCGCCUGUUGACAACCACACGGUCUUCGAGUGCAAGUACGAGCUUGACUCGCUUGCUGGCUUCCUCAAGAUCUCGAGGUCGUACUACGCCAACACUAAAGAUGCGAGCUUCAUUAAUGACAACUGGCUGGCUGCUUUGGACCAGAUCACCAACGUGCUCCGCAACCAGUCCCAGAGCACUUGGAGCAAUGACUUCGAGUUUACAAGCUACUACAACUGGACCGGCCUGACAGGUUCCCUUUCGCCGCCCGUUCCCAAUGGUGGCAACGGCGAGCCCAAGCAAGCAAAUGGCCUCGUUGCCUGCAGCCAUCGGCCGUCUGAUGACCUUUGUGUCUUCAACUACAUUACCUCCGACAAUGCCAUGAUGGCGGUGGAGCUGGGCCACGUCUCCGACAUGCUGAAGACACUCAAGAAGGAAGACGCGCUAUCGAGCAAGCUCGCACGAUACUCUGCCAUCAUCAGAAACGCCGUCUGGCAGAACACGCAGACCCCGAACGGGAUCUUUGCGUAUGAGACGAACGGAUUCGGUGGACAGUAUGUCAUGGAUGAUGCCAACGUGCCCAGCCUGGUCUCGCUGCCGUACCUUGGCUUCCUACCCCGCAACGACUCGACAUACAUCAAGACCAAGAAAGCCAUGUUCUCGCGUGCGAACCCCUACUUUGCCAUCGGCCAGGGUUUCAGCGGUAUUGGUGGGCCGCAUGCGGAUGCAACACACCCGUGGCCAAUGUCCCAGAUUUCCGGUAUCUACGGAACCGACGACGACGACGAGAUCAAAUCCCGUCUGGCGCUGAUCCUGGAGAACACGUCGGGCCUGGGCCUCAUUCACGAAAGCGUUAAUAUUUACAACGCUAGCGAGUUUACCCGCCCCUGGUUCGCCUGGGCGAAUAGCUACUUUGGCGAGAUGAUUCUAGACCUGGCGGAGAGGAAGCCCGGUCUCAUCUUCAAGGAUGACAAGCCAUAUGUUGUUGGCAAAUAA